UGAAGCUAUAACUGUAACGCGUGUUAAAUCACAAAUAAUAUCAUCUACAAUGAAAACUACAAAAGACUCGACAAUUCAAACAGAACCAUCGAGUAAACUGGUUAAAUCUCGAAGUUCCAUUCCAUCUGUAUCAAAACAAUUGGAUGUAUCGAAAAGUCAAGUCUCCAACCCCAGUUUGAAGAGCACUAAAAAUCGCAAAUCAACAAAAACUGCUGUAAAAAGUAUGAAAUCAAAAAGUUUGCCUGUUGUGAUGAAAAGUAAACGCUAAACGAAGAAGUCGCAAUCCAGUGUCUUGAAUAAACCUAAAUGAACCAGUUAAGUUUUGAAGUACAAUCGUCAUAAGAUUCACCCUGGAAUUUCAAUUUUACAGAAAUUGUAGCAUUUUAGGAAUUCAUUGCAGACUAGUCCACCAUAUAAAAGGAGAAGCCAACGUCCAUAAGAAUCAUUAGUCUAAUAAUUAAUUAUUGUUCACCCAACAACUACCAAUCAAAUGAUUCGAGCUGCUUUAUUCGUUACUUUAUUUGCAUUGACCGCUGCUGCCAGCCUUUCCCUUGACUUCCAAUGGGAAUCAUUCAAGGUAAGUCUAUUUUAUCAAACUGACUUGAGAUUCGUGAAGCGAUUCUUAUUCCUGUUUCAUUGUCUAAAGACUAAAUACGGCAAAUCUUAUGAUUCAGCUGAAGAAGAAACCGAAAUGUUUUUCCCAGAAACUAAAAAGGAUCGAGGUUCACAAUAAAAGAGCAGCCAAUGAUGAAGUUACCUACAGAUUAGGAGUCAAAAAGUUCUCGGAUUUGACCGCCGAGGAAUUCAAAGCAAACCAUCUUGGAUUCAAGCCUGCUCGUCGACCCGCUCCUCUCGUUCACAACGUAAACUACACCGUCAAAGUUCCAGCCUCAGUUGAUUGGCGAACCAAGGGAAUUGUUAGUGAAGUCAAAAAUCAACAGCAAUGUGGUUCAUGCUGGGCUUUCUCUGCCAUUGCUUUUAUCGAAUCAGCCAACGCUCAAAAAACGGUAAACUUGUUGAACAUUCUGGUGACGGACAAGAUUAUCUCAAAUGUCGAUACACUACCUCAAACAAGGGUGCUUCAAUCUCAUCUUUUGUUAAUGUUCCAGAAGCUGAUGAGAAAUCUCUUUUAUCUGCAGUUGCUGAACGUGUUGUUUCAGCCGCCAUUGAUGCUCAUCCAGUCCAGGAUUAUGAAUCUGGUAUUUUUAAUACCGACGAGUGCUCAAGUGACCCUGAAGAUCUUGACCAUGGUGUAGUUAUUGUGGGAUAUGGUUCUGAAGACGGUACUCCAUAUUGGAUUCUCAAGAACGGUUGGGGUGAAGAUUUCGGUUUAU